AAAAGAAAUGCUUCGGGUGCUUUUCAUAUGCUUUAUAGCAUGUUUGAAUUUUCUCACGAUCAAUUCGGAUCCACUUGAGGACAUAUUUGCAAACUGUCGGAUAAGCAAACCAGAUUUUGAUGAAUGCUUGAAGUAUGCGCUCAAUCAGCUAAAUCCAUUAUUUAAAUACGGCUUACCUGAGUACGGCGUUGCACCAUUUGAUCCACAUCGACAGUCUUAUGUUGAGCAAUUUAGAGGAAAUGAUAGAGCAAUUGGAGGAUAUAAGCUUUUGCUCAAGGAUGUCUCUGAAUAUGGAUGGACGCAGUCAACAAUCACUAUAUUAAGGACGGACUGGAAGAACAAUGCACUGAUCUAUACACAGCAAUUUCCAGAAAAGAGCCUUGAUGGAAAGUAUGAAUUAGAAUCCAAAGUUCUUGGUCUACCAGUCACAAAUUCAGGAAAUUGGAGUUUAGUGCUGUAUGAUUAUAGUCAGACUACAACAGUGACUAGAUUGGGUCCAAAAGGUAGUCGCCUUAAAGUACGAGUUGUCAUUGACAAAAUUGGUGGAAUGAGUCUUCAUAUAUCAGACCUGUUAAGAGGAAGAAUGGUGCUUGAGUCGAUAGCAGAUUUCCUUAUAAAUGCAACUUGGCAACCAUUUUUACCAUUCAUAAAGCCACUGAUUGAGGAUCUAGUCUCAUCUGCCUUUACAGACAUCUUUAAUGACUCAUUUAGACAUUUUCCUAUAGAAAAAUUCAUUAAAUAUUGAAGUAGUAGUGAUAAAAAUUUAAGUUUCAGUUUAA